ACAAACCAGCUGCAUGUGCAGAAAAUUCAGCAAACACAUUUGUAAGACUCUUGCCCUUGUGGUUUUACAUUACCAAUGCAAUGCAAGCAAAGUUUUACUCUUUAGGGUACUGUUUGGAUAAAGUUAGUAUCUUGGCUAAAUUUUGACAUAGCAGGCUAAUCUUAAAAGUCUUUGCAAAUCACUCACCCAGAUUUUACUCUUGUCCCUGGCCUACAGAAACCACAACAAAAUAAUACUGUGCUUUAAUGAAAAUCUUAUGAUUAUGACUAGAAUCCGGGGUCUAGAUCUUUGAUUUGUCUCUGAAUUUUCUAAACACAAUCAAAAUUAUUGGUUUAAAACCAUUUAUAGCUUUUUAUAGCUAACUGAAGCAAAUACAUAACAAUGGUUUUAUUUACCCUUUCAGUAUGAAGCAGCUAAGUGUUUUUAUUCCAAUGUCAAAAAUCCUUAGCAAUUGAGCUGUGUAUGAAACCAGCAGCCUGCUGCCUCUUUGUAAGAUGUCAUCACAGUAAGAACUGCCUCCUCCCUCCUCACACACUGCUUUGGGUACAUAAAAGGAGCUUAUUUUCUCGACAAUAUCACCAUUUCGUAUAACCACACAAAAAGAUUUGUUUGGUUUUUGACUUUUUGCCUUUUUAUUUUGUAUCGUCACAGCCAGAGCACCUGCAACUCAUCAUGUCAAUGGGAAUGGAAAUCGGGGGCAUUGCCCUAGGUUUACUGGGCUGGAUCAUGUCUAUUAUAACCUGCGCUCUGCCAAUGUGGAAGGUCACAGCUUUUAUUGGAAAUAACAUUGUCACAGCACAAAUCACCUGGGAAGGCAUCUGGAUGACCUGUGUGGUUCAGAGCACUGGACAGAUGCAGUGUAAAGUGUAUGACUCCAUGCUGACUCUUCCUCAAGACCUUCAGGCGGCCCGAGCUAUGUGCAUCAUCUCCAUCAUUCUGGGUGUUCUGGCUUUAAUGAUCUCUAUCAUGGGUGCAAAGUGCACCAACUGCAUUGAGGAUGAGACAUCCAAUGCAAAGGUCAUGAUUGUCUCUGGCAUCUAUUUCAUCAUCUCUGGCCUCCUGACACUUAUCCCAGUGUCCAGGACCUCCAGGACCAUUGUUCAGGAUUUCUACAACCCGUUGGUGCUAUCCAGUCAGAAGUACAAGUUGGGAGCAUCGCUGUACAUAGGCUUUGGGGCUGCUACCCUUCUGAUCUUCGGAGGAGCGUUGCUAUGCUGCAGCUGUCCACAAUGCAAGGCCAGGUACAAGCCACCCAAAAAAGCCUAUACUGCUCCUCGCUCCACUAGUGCCUAUGGGAAGGACAAUGUGUGAAAUUCGUUAAAAGACAGGUACAGAUUUAAUGAAGGAAGACAAAGAAUUUUCCAAGUAGACUCCGACAUGAAGGGCUCUGUUAUGCUGUUUAUAUUUGCUCUGCUCUGUUUGCUCUGUGUGUUUGGAGUUGCUUUUAAGA